CCCGCCUCACAUUGGGCAGUAACAGGCGUCUAGCAAAAAAGUGCAUUAGCACUUAGCAGAGUUGUGCUGAGAAAGAGGUAAAAUGUGUGAAGUCCAGAUGCUGAGAGCGUUGGUGGAGCUGCGACUAACUGCGGCUGCUGAAGAGAUAUUUGGGCUGUUUGAAAGAACGAUAGCAGAGUACAAGGAGGAACUUUGUCGUUCAAAAGAGGAGAACAUGCGACACCGGGAACUACUGGACACGGUUUUCAACCCUCAGCCUCCGUUACACAAAGCAGAUGUUGAGCAGCUGUCGGUGGUUAAAGAAGAGGUUCCCCCCGAGCAACAGAAGUGUAGCUUCAGUGUGGACCAGCAGGAGCAAGAGCCCCCCCCACACAUUAAAGAGGAACUGUGCUGCGGUCAGGAGGGUGAGCAGCUUCAAGGGCUGGAGGAGGCUGAUAUCACCAAGUUCCCGUUCACUCCUGUCCCUGUGAAGCGUGAAGAUGAUGAAGAGGAAGCUCAGUCCUCACAGCUUCAUCAAAGACAAACUCAACACAUGGAAAGAGAAGCUGAUGGAGAGGACUGUGGAGGACCAGAACCGGCAAGAAGCUCACAUCCACAUUUACAACCAGAGACUGAAGACCUGACAGAAGACUCGUCUGAUCCUGAGACUGAUGACAGUGCUGAUUGGAGGAAGACCAGCGAUCCUCAGUCAGCUUUAAACUCUCUGAAACAUGAUUCAGGACGUAAGAAACCAUUCAGCUGCUCUGAGUGUGGCAACACAUUUGGCUUCAAGUCGAGCCUGAAGAGACACAUGAGAACUCACACAGGAGAGAAGCCUUUUAGCUGCUCUGAGUGUGGCAAGAGAUUUGGCAUCAAGGCACACCUGAAGAAACACAUGAGAACUCACACAGCAGAGAAGCCUUUCAGCUGCUCAGUCUGUAUGAAAUCUUUUACACAAAGUGGAAAUUUACAGUCACACAUGACCGUCCACACAGGAGAGAAACGAUUUAGCUGCCGUGUUUGUAACAUGAGAUUCACCCGGCGUUCUGGCGUCAAAACCCAUAAAUGUGUUGGUCCGAGGGAAAGAGAAGCUGAUGGAGAGGACUGUGGAGGACCAGAACCGGCCAGGAGCUCACAUUCACGUUUACAGCCAGAGACUGAAGACCAGACUGGAGACUCGUCUGAUCCUGAGACUGAUGACAGUGCUGAUUGGAGGGAGACCAGAGAUCCAGCUUUAAACUCUCUGAAACAUGAUUCAACAUGUAAGAAACCAUUCAGCUGAACCGAGUGUGGCAACACAUUUGGC